AUGGCAGAGAACAGGGACUAUGGAUACCUGUGGAUCGAUCAGCUUUGUAUUGAUCAGGGCAACGUCUCGGAGCGAAGUCAGCAGGUGGAGAUGAUGGAGCACAUAUACUCCCAGGCCAGCGAAAUCUUGAUCUGGCUCGGUGAAAUCAAAAGUGAAACUAAGCCAGUGCACGGCUGUCAUCCAGAAUGGAAUACCUGUCGUACAUUCAUGAGAGUGCUGAAUGUCCGGUAUGAUGAAUUGAGCAGUGUUAUAGCGUCGAUAAGAAAAAUGACUGUGCAAGAUUCUCCCGAUCAACUCUUUGUCCAAGAAGUCACGCAAGAAAUUACAUCCGGGAACAGCAAUUUCUCAGACCAUCAUACAGUUUCAAAAGAUGAUCCGGGAGGCGAAUGCGGGUUAUCAUGUGUUUUGGUCCACGCCAAGCCAGAGGACCAAGCCCUCACACUGUUCCUCUCAUCACUCACACAUAUAUCUGAAAGACCCUACUGGAGUCGCCUGUGGAUAAUCCAAGAGAUAUUCCUAGCACCUACCGGUUCUCUUAUCACAGUUCUAUGGGGUGACCAUUGUGCCAAAUGGCCGAUGCUAUGUGAUAUGGUCAGUCUUGUCCAACUGCUUGACGAGGACCUCCGUCCGUAUGGCUUCAAGCUAGGGAGGUCAGGCUGUCACCUUGAGACUCUUGCCACGAUGUACAUGGAGAAUAGACGCUCACAGCGUACACCCUGGGACAAAUGGUCAUUCCACAAAGCUCUACAGAUAGUGGCAGGUAAUGCGUUCCAGUGUGCCGACGCAAGGGACCGAUUUUAUGGCCUCCAAGGUAUCGUACGGGACGAUGAACGCGUGCCAGUAGACUAUAGUCUUACGAUUGAGGAGGCCUUUGUCAAGUACUUCCCAGCUUAG